CGUGUCCAAAGAAACAAGCAACAAGAAUUAUUAGGACAACUCGCCGGUGCACCGAAAUCACCGACACGCGCAAGGGUUCGACUUCGACAUGACGUCUGAACCCACGGAGGAAUCGAUCUCCAACUUUGUGAACUUCACGAGCGCUUCUCGGGAUCAGGCCGUCAGCUUCCUGAAAGUUAGCAAGAACUGACCUGAUUAACUUCCACCCUCGCUUCCCGGCUGACCUGCAUCGCGACAGGCUAAUGACCUCAACCUCCAUAAAGCCAUCAAUGCUUAUUUCGAAGAUCCUACGGGCCCUCAGAUAGAGGUGAGCUAGUCCUGGAUUGCGCUAACAUCAGAAUGCUUUCAAUCGCUAAUCUGCGAGCUUGCUCUAGGCCCCCAUUCCCCAAAAUGAUGCGAACGCUCCAUGUAUGUCGAUGUUCCUGUCGGUCACCGUGAUGAACGGCUAGUUUGACCAGCAGCUUUCCCUCCGCAGCGUUUCAAAUCGAGCAUCCCGACUCGGUUCUCGGUUCUGCAGCCUUUCCUCCUUCGCGACCCCCGUCGAGUUUGAAUCUCAGAGACCAAGCACAAAUGCCGAGCCCGAAUCAACCCAACACGACUCCGUCGCAGGAGAUACAAGGUUGCAAACACUUUUCCCGGAGAGACUGACGAUUUGCUGACCGCGUCUUCGGCCCCGAGCAGACCCCAAUAAAGGCUUAUCGCUGGCAGAGCAGGAGGAACGUCAGCUGCAACAGGCGGUGGCUAUGUCACUGAACCAGAAUCUCGGGAACCAAGAGUCUGGCGUCACAAGCGCUAAGCCGGCGAAUUUCGGACGCGCAACGCAAGACCACUACGACGAAGGCGCUUGGGCCAUGACCCUGUUCAAUUCCAGCGCACGCGAGAUCAUCAUCAGUCCGGACCCUGCGGACCGCAAGAGGGUGGGAGACGAGCCGGCCUUCCUUCGCCCCACUCAAGAUAACCUAUACCUGGGAGGACUGUUGACAAUCCUCCAUUCGAUCCCACUUGCAAGAGAAGCACUUCUGCUCAGAAGCCAGGUGCUGUCCGACUAUGGCCACGAUCCGCAGUGGUGGAAUGGACAGCCCAUCAGCCUUCCCAAAAUUGUGACAAUGCAAGACGUCGAGGAGGGCAACGCCGACUGGGAUGACAUCAUCCACGAGACCCAACGACUAGUUGCUCUUCUAGACACCACCAACAGAUCCUUUGGUAGUGCCGACGCGCUCGAAAGCCUGAAGUGCAUGUCCACAAAUGGCUCCGAAGGUAGUGUCAGCCGAUUUUUGGAAACAUGGCAGGAGGCAGCGGUUCGAGCAGAUCCGGGGAACCAGCUGGCAACCAUAUUCUCAUCGAGCGCUUACAAGCGGCCUUUGUCGGAAUACGAUACCCCGAUCCAGAAGGAUUUCUACACGAUCGACCCGUUCGUGGAUCCGGAGCAUGGCCAGACACUAUACGAUGUCCUGGACCGUACCGUGUGGUCGGAUAGACCCGGCGAAUCGCUCGACGACGUAUGGCUGGAGCAUGUCGCUGAAGUUCUGACCAUCAAACUAGAAAGCAGCGACUCGUCGAAGCCUGUUGACGUGAAGAUUCCUCCGAUCUUCUACCCCGAUAGGUAUCUCGCUAGCUGCAGGGACAUUGCGCGGGAAUUCCGUUUGCAGCGACUGCAGGUGUUCGAUGAGAUUUACAAGCUAGAACGGCUAGCCCACCGAUUCUCCGUCUCAAAGUCCGUCGCUCACCGAGGUAUGAACUACAAAGAGGUUCUGGAAAAGGCCGCGAUCGCUGCACCUAUCGUUAUACCACAAACACUUGCCAAUGGGUCCAGCGAGACCUCUGAAUUCGCCAAACCCGAGGCGGAACGGCUGGCUGAGGAGCUGCGCGGAAUUUCGCGCAAGAUUGAAGAGAAGCUAAAAGAGUUGGAAUCCCGGAAGGAAGAAGCCCUAGCGACCCUUCGUGGCUACUCUAAAACCCUUACGGAGCCAUCGGCUUCCCCCGGCGAGCCGCCAAAUCAUAGAUACACGCUACGAGGAGUCUGCACCGAGCCACAUGUGACGUAUGUGCUUCGACGCCAGGACACGGGAGCAUUGGAGGAGUCCGAAACGGACAGCGAGUGGCAGUGGUGGCGGAUAAGCUUCUCCAUCGAGGAUGCAAAAGCUCGACGGGCGGAGUCGAAUGCAGGCGGUAACGCGGCAUCGAGUCAUGCCGACGUGGUGGGAUACACUGCGCGUAAAGUCCGAGAAGUCGAGGUUCUCAAGGCGGCGCGUGAGGAAUCGAAGACGGUGCUCCUGGUUUAUGCCCAGGACAGCGCUCUGAACGUGCAGACCGAGCCGGCACCGCCUCCACUCCAGAAAUUUGUCACAGACGACAACAAAGCCUUCGAUGCCGAGUUUCAAGAAGCAGGAGCCACAGAGAUCAUGGAAGAAGAUCAGGCCCCGGAUUCCACUGCAGGCCCCAAUCCGCCAGAUCGUAUGCAGACCGACGAUACUUCUCAGGCUCCUGUCAACGUCUUCGAUUAUCAGGUUAGCGGCUUCGAUCGGGAGACGGGGCCGGGACAGGAGAUGCAGGAAAGGGGAGGGCGACCUUUGCUCAGUCGCAGCAACACCGCAGGACUGGCGCAGUCCGCGCCACAUGCGGAACCCGAAUGGGAUGAGAACAAGGAAGCCAAAGUCGCUCCAUAAGUAGGCUUACCAUAGGGAGUUUGUGCUUCUCAUAUAAUGGAAUGGCUUCCUCUCAUGUACAUAAUUGCAUAAUAACUAUAUACCACUAGG